CUCAUCCACUCCUCCACCGCAGCAGCAGCAGCAGCUUCCAAUUCCGUCCUCAUCUCGACUCCCCAACAUCGAUCGCCAUGGAGACCAUCACCGAGCUCAGGGCCCAGCUCCACGCCCACCUCGCCUCCAUGUACGCCACGGGUGUGGUGGAUGCGUAUUUCCAGGAGCUGCAGGCGCUGGACGAGGGCAGUGCAGCCCCGGGCUACGUCGCCGAAGUCAUUGAUAUCUUCCUCAAUGACGGCGACAGCAUCCUCAGGGACAUCGACGGCCUGCUGAACCAGCCCUUGGCCGAGGUGGACUUCCACAAGGUGGACGCCAUGGUGCAGCAGCUCAAGGGGAGCAGCUCAACUGUUGGGGCUAAGAAAGUGAAACUCGCUUGCAUGGACUUCCAACAGUUCUACACGGCAAAAAACAAAAAACAAUGCCUCAUGGCAUUGGCUGUUCUUAAGAGUGAUUUUUGUGAAUUGCGCAACAAGCUCCAGACUUUGAUGCAGCUGGAGCAGCAGGUCGCGUCCUUGGAUACUAUGUGCGGCCAAUGUUACAAAGCCGCGCUCGCACGCACCGAUGCCGCAACCUGCCGAUGUUGCAACCACAGAGCUCGUGUAGCCAUGGCCGAUGCUGCAACCAGAGAGCUCGCCCACGAUGCAGCACAGCAGCAGUGGUCGGUCCUUCAACGGAAGGCUCCGUGUGUCCAAGCCUCCGUUACCUGCACUCCUCUCCUCUCCUCGUGCAUUCCGCCAGCAGCUUCGCUCUGUCCCCCGACGAAUUCCGUCCCUGUGAUCGCUUCGCCCGCCAUGUCGUCGGCCGCCGCACUCAGGAAGCAGCUCAACACCUACGUCGGCCACAUGUACGCCACGGGAAUCCUGGACGGAUAUUACCAGCAGCUGCAGUCGCCGGAGGACGAGGGCUUCGUCACGGAGGUCAUCAACAUCUUCCUCCACGACGCCGACAGGAUGCUCAACGACAUCACCACCCUUCUGAACCUGCCCGUCGUGGACUUCGAAAUGGUUGGGGAACUGGUGCAUCAGCUGAAGGGGUGCAGCAGCAGUGUUGGGGCUAGGAAAGUGUACCUUGCCUGUGUGCACUUCCGCCAGUUCUACGAGGCAAAAAGCAAAGAAGGGUGCCUCAUGGCAUUGAAUGUUCUUAGGGAUGAGUUCUAUGAUGUGCGUGACAAGCUACAGACUGUUAUGCAGUUAGAGCAGCAAAUUGCAGCCUUGGGUCCCAAGUAGCUGUAAUCGAAGCCAAAAGAGCAUAGCCCCAUGUGAUCUGACACGAUGGGGUGUAUGUAUCUUUGAAGAUGUCUAGGCAGCGUUCAGCGGUUGCUGGGCUUUGGAGGGGGCGCGUGGAAUCACAUGACAAUUCUUGCUUCGGCACUCCGGGCUCGCGACCACCCUGCAGAUGGAACUCGUUGUCUUGUGUGUCGAUAUGUUUGUGUGUCAACUCUAUAGACUUGUGUGGCGUGGAUGGCCGGCCCGAGGGGCCCGGGCUAUGCGUAAACUUUAUA